ACACGCUUCAAAUUCCCAAUAGUAUAUAAGGUUUGUGGUUCUGAAGCAUUACCAAACACACCUUAUUAUAUUUUACAAUCCUUCUUGCUCAUCAAACCAAUUCCAUUUUCUCUGCCCGUGAACCAGAUAUGGAGGCAGAUAAUGAAAAUCAUCAGACUAAUGUUGUUGAAAGUGACAAUGAUGCUUGUGGUCAUGAAUGUGACCAUGGAAACUCUCAUGGAUCCUCUUCGGAUGGUGAAAAUAGCGUUAAUGAUGAUUAUGAUUUUGAGCAAAGAAAUGCUAGCCGGUUUCUUGGACUUUUGACAUGCUCUAAUGAUGUGUUGCCUCUAGAGGGGAUGUUUAUGCAUACGUUGCGUAUUAGAGAUCCAGUAUUUGAGAGAGUGAGUUUUGAUUCUAUAAAAGAUGACUGCUUGAUACAUUAUGAGAAAAUGAAAGAGACUGCUGAACAAGUAUUGAGAAAUUUUGAUGGGCAGAUUAGCCUCUCAGUAGAUAUACUAAGAUGUCGAAAGGCUUAUGAGUACAUGUGCCUAAAAGCCCAUUUUAUUACUGAAGAUUGGAAUUUGGGGAAUUGGGUUCUCAAUUUCCGUCGUAUAAAUGCAACGUGGGAGGAUGAUUGCCUUGAUGGAGCUAUUUUGAAGGCUCUGAGGGGCUGGGACAUUGGGAACAAGAUAGCCAGCAUUACAUUUCUAACUGACUGGGUGUAUGAUGAAGGGAUUGACAAUGUCAAAGAAUAUGUCCAAGAAAUGAAGAAGCUCCAAUUUAAUGAUCAGAUAUUUCGUCUGUAUUGCUGUGCUGACAUUUUCAAAUCUAUGGUGCAAGAUGCAUUUAAAGUGAUAUCGGGAACGAUUCGCACAAUUGAUGAACUAAUGUACUCUGGGAAACCAUCCUAUCUGUGGGAUCUUGCAUAUGACAGGCUAAAGAUGGCUUUAGAGUGUGAGGCUAAGGAAGAAUUUGGCAAAGAAGAGUAUGACAACUGCGACAAGCCAUCUGCUGAUGAGUGGAAGAAAGUUGAAGGAAUUUGUAAACUCUUAGAGAGCUUAUAUAAUGCAGCAAAAGCUCUAUUUGAAACAAAAGAUGCAACGGCAAACAUCUAUCUCCAGAAUCUUCGAGAGGUACGGGCAACUUUGACCAAGGAGGCUAAUUCUUCAGACAGUUUUAUUAGAGAUGUGGCUGCAAAAAUGCAUGAGAGGUUUGAGGAGUAUUGGAAGAAUAUGUUCUUCGUGUUGGCAAUUGCUACAGUGAUGGAUCCUCGGUGUAAGAUAACAUACUUUGAGUUCUCAUCCACAAAAUAUGGUGGUAAUGAUGACAACACUGAAGUUUCUACCAUGAUUCUGGCCAUCCGCAGUCUUUAUGACAAUUAUAAUAUCCAAUUUCCUGAGACUGAGAAUCGUGUAAGCAAUCCUACUUCUUCUGAUUCAGGAGGUGAGUCUCCCAGGCAAGUUAAGCGAGGGCGUCUUAGUUCUGAUGAUAGUUCUAACCAUUUACAAGAUUACCAGAAGUUCAUUGAAUCUACUAAUCAGCCUCUGAAGUCAGAGAUAGAUAUGUAUUUGGAAGAACCUGUCUUACCGUGGACCCAGGAUUUUAACAUAUUGAGUUGGUGGAGAGCUGCAAGCCCAAGGUAUCCUAUCCUUUCCAGGAUUGCUCGUGAUUAUUUGCCAGUUCCCAUGUCUGUUGUCACUUCCAUGGAUGCAUUUUUUACCAUUGAAAGAGAAAUUAGUCCACGUUAUGCCUCCUUAAAACCAGACUUGAUGAAUGCCAUAAUGUGUACUCGGAGUUGGUUCCCUGAUGAACUCAAAUCCGUAGUUGUUUCUUCUCUGGGUUUUGAGGAAAUGCUGGAAGAAAUGGAUUUUGCAGAAGAUUUGUAUUUGAGCCUGAGGCAUUAGAACGAAAGCAUUUUGAUGGUUCUUGUGGCUCACACUUUUUGUGUUAAGACUUCGUAACUCUAGUUACUUUAGUAAAUGCAUAUUAUACUACUGAAUAGAGAUUGGUCGAACUUUGGCUUUAUCUGUAAAGAAUGCUUGGUGUUUUGUCCAUGGUUGUGUCCUGGUGUCAAGUCAGCUAUUUCUUUUGUUCCCUUUUAAGUGACGCAGGAUGAUUUGGUAGAGCAAAUGUAACAGGCUGAAGAUUUAUGAUACUAAAAUCAAGCAUUUUCUCUAAUA